GGGCAUAUCUUGGCAUUGGAUGAAUAUAAAUACGAGUCACGAACCCAACGACUUGAAAAAUGGUGCUCAACCAAACCUAUAAUCUAAAGCACAACAUCCAGCCUUCCAAUCUCUCAAUCUAUCUCCACCAUGAAAGCCUUCGCUAUUCUCUUUGGCCUUGCCUCAGGGCUUGCCCUAGCCAGCCCCGUUGUAGAACGAGACGGCAAGACACUUGAAACCCGAGGCUACGCAGCGAUUUUAUGUGGAGGCUUGUGUGCUCCGCUGAUUGAGACCCCGCCUGCUUAUGCCGCUUGCGUUGCCGCUUGUCUCGCCACAGGCAAUGAUGGUGGCGUGGUAUUCGAUGUCAGAGACUUUAUGGAGAAAUACAAGGAAUAGGGUGUACGCGCGUGACGAACGACGUAGGGUAGGGGUGUGCGGAGCUAUGAAUCUUGUCGGUUGGGCGAGUUAACGCGACUUCUUUGUGGUUUCUAUCUGUACCGAAGAAUGUCGGCUUUCUAUCAAGAGCACUCAAGAAACAUCCCCUCAAUUGAAAGC